AUGUUCUUGUUCACAGAUCACACCAUCCAGUCUGUUUUCUGUUGCUGCUGCUGCUGCUGCACAGUGCAAAAAAGAGCAAUGAGAACAAAAAUGAACCUGGACCCUGGUACUGGCCUGGUGACCCAGUACUCAGCCUCACAACCAGGCGUUUCCUAUGCAUCUGCUUGGAAGUGCAGGGUAAGUAAUGUUUUGGCAGGUGAAAGGGGAGAAUUGAGGAAUGAAGGUCUAAUUCCCAGCAAUUAUGUUACUGAGAACAAGAAAAGUAAUUUAGAAACAUAUGAGUGGUACUGCAAAAACAUAAACAGAAGCCAGGCAGAACUUCUCUUGCGCCAGAAGUCCAAAGAAGGCGCGUUUGUUGUCAGAGAUUCAAGCCAACAGGGACUUCUUACGCUGUCUAUGUAUUCGCUGGCCAAAGGAAGUCAUAGUGGAGAUAUUCGACAUUAUCAAAUUAAGAAAAAUCACUUGGGACAAUAUUAUGUGGCAGAGAAAUAUUUGUUUUCAUCUGUUCCUGAACUCAUCGAGUAUCAUCAACACAAUGCUGCAGGUCUUAUCACUCGUCUCCGACAUCCAAUUGGAUCAGCUGGAUGUUCUUCACCAGCAACAGCAGGAUUUAGUUAUGAAGAGUGGGAAUUAAACCCAUCUGAACUGACAUUCAUGAAAGAACUUGGACGCGGACAGUUUGGAGUUGUUCAGCUGGGUAAAUGGAAAGCAACCAUCAAGGUUGCCAUCAAAACAAUCAAUGAAGGUGCAAUGUCUGAAGAUGAUUUCAUCGAGGAGGCCAAAGUGAUGAUGAAACUCUCCCACCCGAAGCUGGUCCAGCUUUACGGAGUGUGUACACACCACAAGCCUCUCUACGUUGUGACUGAAUUCAUGGAAAAUGGCUGCCUGCUCAACUACCUUCGGCAAAGGCGAGGGAAACUUGGCAGAGACAUGCUGCUGAGCAUGUGCCAGGAUGUGUGCGAAGGGAUGGAAUACCUGGAAAGAAAUAGCUUUAUUCACCGUGAUUUAGCUGCAAGAAACUGUUUAGUCAAUGCUGAGCACAUCGUUAAAGUGUCCGACUUUGGCAUGGCGAGGUAUGUCAUUGACGACGAAUAUAUCAGCUCUUCAGGUGCCAAAUUUCCAGUCAAAUGGUCAUCUCCUGAAGUCUUUCAUUUCAAAAAAUACAGCAGCAAAUCGGAUGUCUGGUCAUUUGGUGUACUGAUGUGGGAAGUUUUCACGGAAGGCAAAAUGCCUUUUGAAUAUAAGUCAAAUUCUGAAGUUGUCCGCGAGAUUUCUCAGGGUAACCGACUUUACCGACCACAUUUGGCAUCACAUACUGUGUACAAAGUCAUGUACAGCUGCUGGCAUGAGAAACCUGAAGGACGUCCCACUUUCGCAGAGUUAAUAGAGACCCUCACAGAUAUAACAGAGAUGGGAUAA